CAGAAGUUCUGAUCGAUUUGGAAACAUGUCAGCGAUGCCCGUUUGUAGUUUACUCAUUCACAGAUCAAUGCGUCGGUAGGCCAGUUCUGCCAGCCGUUGUUGGUCGGAAAAGAACCGCGCCAGACUCCUACUCGGCUGGACUCCUGCACCCACACCGGCCCUUUCCGGAGAAGAUCGGACACCCCUGCUCUACUGUAUCGUUGGACAGUGACGUAGCGAGGGCGAUUGAGCUUUUGGAGAAGCUGCAGGAAUCAGGAGAUGUUCCGGGUCACAAGCUGCAGUCACUGAAGAAGGUUCUGCAGAGUGAGUUCUGUACAGCCAUCCGAGAGGUCUACCAGUACAUGCACGAGACAAUAACGGUGAACGGCUGUCCGGAGUAUCAGGCUCGAGCCACGGCAAAGGCGACGGUGGCAGCUUUCGCCGCGAGUGAAGGCCACUCCCACCCGCGAGUGGUGGAAUUACCGAAAACCGACGAGGGGCUGGGCUUCAACGUGAUGGGCGGGAAAGAGCAAAACUCCCCGAUCUACAUCUCUCGCAUCAUCCCAGGGGGCGUGGCCGAGAGACACGGGGGCUUAAAAAGGGGCGAUCAGCUACUGUCUGUCAACGGAGUGAGCGUGGAAGGCGAGCACCACGAGAAGGCCGUGGAGCUGCUGAAGGCGGCUGAGGGCAGUGUGAAGCUGGUGGUGCGCUACACGCCCAAAGUGCUGGAGGAGAUGGAGGCUCGCUUCGAGAAACUCCGCUCGGCACGACGCCGUCAGCAGCAGCAGCUCCUCAUUCAGCAACAGCAACAACACAACCUCAACACUCAACAGAACCACACAGCGUAGGUUGUUCCAGAAGAAGAAAAAGUAAACAACACACCAUGAGCUUUAUUCGAACUUCACAAUCUGCAGACGAGGGUCACGUCCUUUUCCAGCGAAAAGCACUCUCGCUUGUUUUAGUGUACUACCUACAGCUUUACAACGUCCUGAUCGAUCGUAGACGUCGGCGCUCGCUAAGCGUACGUAGGAACGACUGCAGAAUGACGACAGCGAUCACGGCGUAACUCUCACUUCUCCUUUUCCCCACCAGUUGUGACCCGUUCCAAAGAAAAAAAAACGUCCCGCUUGUAGUUUUAUUCGAGCUUUUAUUUGUGUUUUUAAACCAGUUUAUUGUUUAGUCGCCGCUUUCUAUGCUAACUUAUUAACAGAUUCUUCUGGUGCUCGUGUCUGUGCGAAAGAAAAUAGUGUCAGAUGUCGUCUUUUACCGGAUAAAAGUGAGGUAUUUUAUACCGUGUUGUAGCAAGAAAUAUUUUAUAUAUAUAUAUAUAUAUAUAUUUAAAAAAAAGUGUAGAUUUAGCAAUAACACACUUCAGUUGGUUUUAAAAACGUCGUGAAAGUUCUGUAAAAAUUUGGUUUAACGCCAAACGCAAGGCUCUGAGAAAGAAACUGGUUUGGCUAACAACAAACAGAAGCUAGCAGGACAUGAACGCUAACUGCUAAUGUCCCUGCAGGCUUUAGCUAGCAUUUGUGUUUGCGUUCCUGGACAUUCUGCGCAACUAACCUUAACUGUUAACGUUACAGUAUGGAGCAAAAAUGCUAAAAUAGCUCAUGAAAAACAAGCCAGCAGACGAUAACUGCUAGCUAACUGUACGCUUUCACACUUUACGCUAGUUCAUUAUUUUAGCAUUUCUGAACAUUCUGUGCAAAUAAAAUUAAAGGUACAUGGCACAGUUGGGACAAAAAUGCUACUUUCGCUAACAGAAAAACAAACAACCAAAAGCUAGCAGAGCAUGAAAAAUAACUGCAAGGAUGAAUACUAGCUUUAGCCCAGAUGUGUUAGCAUUUAUGGACAUUUUGUACAAAUACAUUAACAGUUCAUCGACAUAAUCACAGUCUGGAGGAAAUAUAUAAUAUUUUUUUUUGUUACCUAACAUAAAAACAAGCUAGCAGAACAUUUAGCAUUACUUCUAGCAUUUCUGCUAACUAGCUACAUGCUUUCCCACUCUUUUGCUAGUUAACAUUUUAAUGUUAGCCGUGUUAGCAGUCAUGGACAUUCUGUACAAACUUAAAGGUACUGUUAAUGGCACGUAACGCGAGAAGAAGAAAAAUAGUUGGGACAAAAAUGCUUCUAUUGUUAACAACAAAUGUUAGCCUGCAGAGCAGGAAGGUUAGCAGUUUAGCAUGACUGCUGGCUUGAUUGCUAGCGUUGUGCUUUGUUAGGUAGCAUUUUGGCUCUACGUGAAACAUAAAAUGAACCUGAUUUACAGAGGAAUAUAGUUUAAAUAUCGACGCGAAUUUGCUGAAGUUGACGGAGUGUGAUUAGCUACAUUUACAGAUUUGUUCACGACGCGAUGUUACAGUUCUACAAAAACGUUGAUAUUUAUGAGCAUAUGAAUGUCGUACACACACAGAAGAUAUAUGAAAUAAAUGAAUAAAGUUAUAUAAAGUGGUGGUCAUGUAACAUAACGCUAUUUUAUUAUUUGCAAAUUUUCUAGUUUGUGAUCUUGAAGAGUUUUCCCGAAUGUAAUCCCGUUCGAUUUUAUUGUAUAUUCCGAAACCGAGCGUCUCGUCCGAUCAAAACCGGCCGUAAUCUUCUCCACUACUGACAAUCAUUCAUUCACUGAGAUUGACACACAAUUUAUGAAGGAAUCGACUCUUUAAAUGACUCUUUAAACGACUCUUUAAAGGAACAGUUCAGUGAAAAAUCAAGCGCGUGCAACGUUUUCUAACCGAUUAGCCGAGACAAGCCGAGCUUCUUUGGUUUUGUGUUAGAGUUACGACGCUAACGUUAGCUAACGUCAUCUGUAACAGCUCAGUUGCUGGGUUUAGCUUGUGGGUGAGCCAAGUUGACGUAGUGAGGCGUAUCAGCAGGCAGAAAAAGUUUGAAGUGAAAGAAAUCGGACGCAACUACAAGAGUUUAACUUCAUCUAUAAUACAUGUGGUCUGGCUUGAUAGCCAGUGCUAGCCUGAUGAUGAAAUUUAUGCUAACUGACGUUGUAUGAGUGGCUGAAGUUAGCUUCUUUUAAUCAGUAAGACAAAUGAGCUUUCUUGGGAAGGAAAUGUUUGAAUGAAAUUCAAUUCUUACAUAAGUAUAUUUGUAGCUGAUAUGAAGUUACCUAAUUUUGCUCUGCUACAUAAAGAUUAGGCUAAUGUUACUUCUCGCUAGUUAGCCAGUUAGCCGCGAGUGCUGGAGUCGAGUUCAUGCUAAUCCUGCAGUUGAUUUUCAUCACUCAAGGCUUCAAAAUGUGUACAGAUACUAACUGAAAAGUUACAGAUGUUAACAUUAUGCCCUUAAAAUUAUGCUCUUAUGAUGCUAUUAUGCUCUUAAAAAUAAAAUGUCACUGAGCUUAAUGUCAUCUCGAGCAAGUAUAUGAAAAUUAGUGUGUGUGUGUGUGUGUGUGUGUGUGAGAGAGAGAGAGAGAGAGAGAGAGAUUUUGAUUAACUUCGGUUAGUUCUGUUACUUAUUUUAACUUCAUAACUAAAGAAGCAAACAUCGAACUCGCACGGACGCGAAGGUGAUUGCGUUGCUGUAAUUUUUAACUGAAUCGUCCCUCUAAAGUGAAUCAAAUGAAUCGAAUCAAUUCGCAAAGGAGUCGUUUUACUUCCACGGCUUAUUCUUAUUCCAAAAAAUCGAAGUGUCCCUGCGGUUGGAGUUGUUUCCAGGUUUUAAAUUCACAAUCAAACGGAUCAAAACGCUCGUUUUAAAAAUUCGUUCAAAAGAAUCGACUCUGUAGUCAAGUGACUCACGAAGCCUGGUCCAAAUCGGAAUAAUUCGAAUAACUCGUUUCGUUUGGUUUUUAUUCGGUUUAUUCGUGAACCUGUGAGAGAUCGGGGUGCAGGAAAACCGUGUCGCAGGAACCAGACGAUGCUGUGAAGCGAAUCUGCUGUACGAGCUGUUCCUCGGCCUGACUUUUCUCUCCGUUUUGUAUGUUUUAAACACUUUUCUUAUCGAUGACGUGCAUUUUGAAGACUGAUUAAACUUGUACAGACAGACAAAAACAAUACCAGGUAAUAUGCAAUUGUUAUAUACGUAUAUUAUAUUAUAUUAUAUUAUAUUAUAUUAUAUUAUAUUUGUAUGAAUAAAUACAUAUAUGUCUGUGUGUA